AAAGAUGCAGUGAGGUUUUGAUAUGGCGGCAAAUCUUAGUUAGGCGGACAUUUAUCGUAAAUUUUUGUGAUACCCUUCGAUCGUUUCGUUAGACGUUCGAAUGUAACCGUGUGGUAAUUUUUCUGUUGAAUUUCCACCUAAAGUGUGUUUUAUUCCAAUUUUGCAUAGAAAAAUUGAAACAUUAUGCAUUUCUGCAUUUUAAAGCACAGUGGCGACAUAUCAUGGCGGCGAAAUUUUCUUGACUGCAGUUGUGUAUCUCGAGUAGUUUCAUACCUAAUACGUACGCAAAGGAAUUUCUUUGUGAAGUAACAUAUUUAGUAAAUGGAUAUAUUGUGUGGAAAAUUCAUUUUAUAAGAUUUCCGUUUACGUUCCGGUUUUGUGUGUUUUAAGUGAUAUCAUUCAAGAUGAACAAGCGACGCAGAACCUCUUCGGUUGCGAGUCGGGGUACAGAGGAUGAUGGUGACGAUAUACCUCCUGAACCGACAAAGAGAAGAAAAAAAUUAGAUCCUAGCGAUUUAUGCCAACAAUUGUACGAUGUACUACGUAAUCAGAAAAAGGAAGAUGGAACAUUAUUGUGUGAUGCAUUUAUACGUGUGCCUAAACGUAGACAAGAACCUGGUUAUUAUGAAGUUGUAACAAAUCCUAUAGACCUGUUAAAGGUUCAACAGAAACUAAAAACCGAUGAGUAUAGAGAUAUGGAUGAUUUAGCAUCUGAUAUUCAACUUAUGGUUAAUAAUGCUAAAGCUUUUUACAUGCGUACAUCUCCUGAAUAUAAAGAUGCCACAGAGCUUUGGGAAUUAUGUGUAAAUACAAAAAAUCGUAUUAUGGAAGAAUACGAAGACCCAGAGCCUAAAGGAAAGCUUAUACUAAAAGUAGCGCGAUUGGCUCGGAAGGCAGCAACAAAACAAGACGACGCAGAAGACACAUCCGAAAGUUCUACAAAUCCUGAUGAAGAAACUAUACAACUUUUUGAAGACUUAUUCGCGGCAGUUAUGACAGCAACAGAUCCAGCUGACAACAAUAGGCCGUUACAUACAAUGUUUCAACUUAAACCAUCUAAAAAAUUAUAUCCGGAAUAUUACGAUGUAAUUGAGACGCCAGUAGACCUGAAAACAGUUGCGAGAAAAAUUCAGGAAGCAGCCUAUAGUAAUGUUGGGGAUAUGGAAAAAGAUUUAAUGUUAAUGUGUCGUAACGCUUGUCAGUUUAACGAACCCGGUUCUCAAAUCUAUAAAGAUGCUAAGCUUUUGAAAAAGAUUAUUACUGCAGCAGCAAGAAAACAGGAUACUGGAUUAAGUAGCAAUAUUCAAAAAAUGACAACGACCGCGCCAUCGACGCGAAGUAAAAGAGGUAGUCGCACUAUGGCGCAGUCCUUAAUAGCUCAGACAGCAUCAUUACCAAACGAAGAUGAAGAAAGCGAUGACGAAGAGGAAGAGCCUGCAGAAACCGAAGAGGCUGACAAUCCUCAAUGGCAGCUAUUUCAAACUAUCCGAACGGCACCUAAUAAUCAAGGAGUUAGAAUGAGUGAAUAUUUUUGGAAACUGCCAUCGAAGAGAUUAUACCCUGAUUACUACAAAAUGAUUAAAAAUCCUAUUUCUUUGUUACAAAUUCGCACUAAGAUAAAGAAAGGUGAAUAUGGUACCGUUAGCGAAGUGGCUGGUGAUAUGAAUAUUAUGUUUGAAAAUGCAAAAAAAUAUAAUAUUCAUACAUCUAGACUAUACAAGUGUGCUGUGAAACUACAAAAAAUUAUGCAAGAGAAAGUACAAGAACUCUUAGAAUUCGAUCAGGAUUCAGAUUCAGAUAGCGAAUUCGAAAAUAAUUCUCAUCAGCCUAAACUCAUUAAGCGUGCUUCGAAUCUGUUGACUCGUGGAAAAUAUAAGGAUAACAUACCAUUGAAAAAGAGAUUAUAUGCAUUAGUCAAAUGCGUAAUAGAAUACGUUUGCGAAGAUGGACGGCAACCAAUGCUAAUGUUCAUGGAAAAGCCUUCAAAAAAAUUGUAUCCAGAUUAUUAUCAAGUAAUAGCAGAACCUAUCGAUAUGUUAGCUAUAGAAGCUAAUAUUAAAGCAGAGAAAUAUCAAAGCGAAAACGAAUUAAUACAAGAUUUUAAGUUAAUGUUCAAUAAUUGUCGUCAAUACAAUGAAGAAGGUUCUUUAAUAUACGAAGAUGCAAAUACAUUGGAAAAAGUUUUAAUGGACAAAGUAAAAGAAUUGGGUCCUCUACCAGAAACGCCUAAGCCUACGAAAUCAAGCGCGUCUACGCCAACUAGAAACGUUGGGAGACCCAAAAAGGUACCGUUGCAUUUACAAAAGUUGAAAACUAUGUAUGACACUAUAAAAGAUUAUCAUGAUUCGAAAGGAAGACAGUUAUCUUUAAUUUUUAUGAAAUUGCCAAAUAAGAAUGAGUAUCCUGAUUAUUACGAAGUCAUUAAACAACCUAUGAACAUGGAAAAAAUAGCUUCAACUUUAAAAAAUAAUGGCUACGAGAAUUUAGAAGAACUCGUGUCGGAUUAUGUAUUAAUGUUUGAUAAUGCUUGCAAAUACAAUGAACCCGAUUCACAAAUAUACAAGGAUGCUCUAAUUUUACAACGAUUGGUGCUUCAAACAAAGUUACAAUUAAGUGAAGAUGAAGAGAGUGUGCCAGAUGUAUCUGCUGCAGUUCAAGAAAUAUUGGCAACUAUUUUUACUGCUCUUUACAAUCACCAAGAUGAAGAAGGAAGAUGUUAUUCGGACUCUAUGGCAGAACUUCCAGAACACGAUAUUAUUGAUGGAAAAAAGGUACGAGGAUUAUCAUUAGACUUAAUUAAAAGGAGAUUAGAUCGUGGAGCUUACAAACGAUUGGAUCGUUUCCAAGAAGAUGUAUUCACGUGUUUAGAAAGAGCCAGGAGGCUGUCACGUACAGAUUCACAACCUUUUGAAGAUAGUGUAGAGCUUCAAGCAUUUUUUUUAAGAACUCGUGACGAAGUAACUCGUGGUGGAGAUUUGUUACAUUCACCAGCACUUAAUUAUACUCUACUGGAUCUGUCUGCUCAAGUUGCAGAAUUGAAACGUCUAAAGAAACAACAAGAACUAGCAUUACCUAAUGAAGAGGAAAGUUGUGAUGGGAAUGAGACAAAAGAUUCAGAAACGAGUGCUAAUAAUACAGAGGGAAACAAUAGUGAUAACGGUGGCUCCAUGAGUUUUAAUCAAGAAGUAUAUAGAGCUGGUGAUUUUGCAUAUGUUGAACCUACAGAACGAGGGAUGGAAUAUAGUGUUGUUCUUAUAGAACGUUUAUGGACAAAUGCGGAGGGACAGCAAAUGUUAUAUGGAAAUUUAUUUUAUAGACCAAGUGAAACUUAUCAUGUAGCUUCUAGAAAAUUUCUCGAUAAAGAAUUAUUUAAAAGUGACGCUCACGUAGCUGUACCUCUGGUCAAAGUAGCCGGCAGGUGUUGCGUUCUAAGUGUUAAGGAUUAUUUUAGAAUGCAACCAGAAGGUUUCUUAGAUAAAGAUGUUUACGUAUGCGAGUCACGGUAUUCUACAAAAGCGAGAGCUUUCAAAAAAAUCAAGGUCUGGAAUUUUGAUCCAGAUCAUUUAAAACUAGUUUCAAGAGACAAACCAUUAGAACCAAAGCGAGUAAUAUCAGUGUACAAGGAAAGGCUAGAAAAACAUAAAGAAGAAAUCGCGGAAUUAGAGGAAGGAGAAAAAUUGACCGAAAAGGAGAAACCUAAUGUAAUACUAUAUAAUCCGGGUGAUACAGAGAAUACCUACUAUGAACAGUAUAAUACAUGUGCGGGUUCUGUAAAAACUGGAGACUUUGUAUAUGUAGCAACAGACGGAGGUAGACAACAAAUCGCACAAAUUGACGCUAUAUGGUCAACCAAAGAUGGAAAGUGUUACUUCAAAGGUCCAUGGUUGUUGAUGCCUAUAGAAAUACCACAUGCCCCUAAUAAGUUAUUUUAUAAACAAGAACUUUUCUUAUCUACCGUCGAUGGUACCCAUCCUAUCGUGGCUAUCGUUGGAAAAUGUGCCGUCCUUGAUUUUGGAGAAUAUAUUUGCAGUCGACCUACGGAAAUACCUGAGGACGAUAUAUAUAUUUGUGAAUCAUUGUACGAUGAAAGUAAGAGCCUCAUGAAAAAACUUGGGCAAGAAGGCUUAAAAAAAUUCAAUCAUAGCUCAGCAGUAACCGAAGAUGAAAUUUACUUCUUCCGAAGGCCAAUUAAUCCUGCUAAAGUUCCAGGUGACGUGGCUCAGACGCAAAAUCAAGUCAAGUCUGUUACUCCUAGUUCGGCUCAAUUUGAAAUGGAAGCAUCACCAUUGUUACCGAAGCUGGAACCCGAUGUGCUAGGCAUGGGAGUAGGAUUAGGAGUGGGAGUAGGAGUAGGAGUUGGGGAGGACAGCAUGGAUGCUGGUGGUCCACCGUCCGUUGGAUCUGCAGAAGCUCAACCGGUGCUCUCCAAUACUCAAACUCCUGUGUCGACUAAGAAGAAAACGGCGGGUAAGAAAUUAGUUACGGGCUAUAUUUUAUAUUCGAGUAAAAUGCGAACGCAGAUUACACAAAACAAUCCUGACUCAUCCUUUGGGGAGAUUAGCAGAAUUGUUGGCAACGAGUGGAGAAAAUUACCUGCAGGAGAGAAACAAGCUUGGGAAGAAAGAGCGAUUAAAAUGAACGAGGAUGGAGGACAGCUUAAAGGAACAUCCGUUUCAGUGGGUACAAAUUCCUUGCAAGAUGUAGUAUACGAAUGUUGUUGGGACAAUUGCGACUGGCAAUUCGAAGAUAUGACCGAUUGUAUCGAUCAUUGUAUCGCUGAACAAAAUGGACAUGUGCAAUCGUCCUUUUCUAAUGCUGCUAGCGAUGUAGAGUAUCAAUGUCAAUGGCGAGGAUGCGGUCGCACGAAGAAAUCUGUACCUCCCUUCCCAAGUGUACAGAGGUUAGCAAGGCACGUUAAAGAAGUACAUAUUCUUAAAUCAAAUGGGCGCAUUAUACCUCCUACGGAAAGAAGCAAAAAUUAUAUGGCAUCGAAAGGCCCAACGAUACUACCGCCAAUGGAAACAGAAACAUCGGCAGCCGCGACGCAAACAAAUAGCGUACCUACUACUAAACAACCGGAGCCAAUGUUUGUCGCUGUUCCUCCGAGACCAAGUCGUGUAUUACAUUCAGAUGCUUAUUUACGGUAUAUCGAAGCUUUAAAUGUAGAAAACCGGUACAUAUCAAAUUGGGAUAAACAGAUGAAUGCUAAUCCUGAUAACACUCAAAUUCCUGAUGUGACAAAAUUACCUGCGGAAUGGCUCGGCAAUGGUGUAGGCAACCAUGGAAAUGUGGUAAACGCCUUAUGGACGCUCAGGAAUAUGAUGAUGCGAGAUGUGUUGGCCAUCAAUAAAACUUUAUAGUUUAUAACUCGUUAAGAUCUAUAAUCUUUAAUAUUCGAUGCUACCUUAAAACUACAAUUCGCAGGUCCGUCGAUGCUAGAUGAAAGACUGAAGAUUAUUGUUUGAAUAUCAGUGUAUUUAUACUUUUAGAUUAUUUCCUUUUCAUUCUACAACUCUAGUUGUAUGUUGAACUUGUGGUAUACUUUUUAGUAAUUUCUGAUCUGUAAUUUGAAAUAACUAGAAAAGUGACUUUAUCGUUACAAUAUCUUUAGAUCUGCAGAGUAUUUACACCGAAAGAUUAAGUUUUAAAAUUAAUUUUAAUUUUUUCUUUUAUGUUAUGAUUUUCACUAAGUGAAAAUGCAAUGUUCAUUAUUUUCGAUACAUCGCCUAUGGAUCUGUUAGGAGUAGAACUAAAAUAUUACAACGUAAGAAUCGCCAUUUUGUACAUAUUUCGCUAUUUUUAGUUUUAACUUUUCAUAUAAAGAAUUUUGUAUUUUGUGUAUCGCGCAUUAUAAAAGUGUGACUUAAAAACUCCUGUAUUCAUACUGUAACAUGAAACUAAUGUAAAUAUAACAUAAUGCACUUUAGAAAACAA